AAAAGCCCAAAUGAAAGAGAGAGAUAUUUGUGCUUUCCAUCUUUUUGUUGUUCUUAUUUCCCGAGGAUUCUUUUUCUUCUCAGCUUCUAAGUUCCGAAUCUGCCACGAUUGUCUGAGAGACAAGACUCCACAAGACAAGAGAUACUCCCUGUAAUCCGAUCGAAGCUUUCAAGUGCAGAGAUUGAUUGGCGUAUGAAUGGCGCUGAGUCACUUAGGCAAGAAGGGCAUUGAAACCUCUUUUAAAAGAGGUUUGGUUCUUCCGCGGGUACCAGCAUCUACAGAGAGACAUAUUUCCUCUACGUUUUCCAAAAGCACUUCUGGAAGUGUUGCUUUCUCAUUCGCUCGGUACAUUAAUGGGUUCGGGUUCAGCUCGCCUAAUCAUGAAUCUUUCCCAACCUUCACAUCCAUAAGCAGGUGCUUUCAUGUAAGCCGAGAAACACUGGCGAGAAGAAAAGAGGAUCCUGAUCGUCAGCUGAGCCAUCGUGAGCUCAAGAAGCAGACUGUGAAAACGAAAGGAAAGUUCUCAAAACGGGAGAAGAAAACUGAUAAGCCACCCGUUGAAGCUCCUUAUGUGCCUCCCAGGCUACAAAGAUUGGCAAAGGGAUUGGCUGAGAAAACAGUCGAUGUGUUCGAAGGCAUGACCUUACUUGAGUUCUCCAAGCGUACUGGUGAGUCAUUGGCGGUUUUGCAGAGCAUUCUCCUCAAUGUUGGGGAAACCGUUAGUUCGGAGUUCGACGCAAUCAGCAUAGAUGUUGCCGAGCUUCUUGCAAUGGAAAUAGGGAUCAAUGUAAGGAGACAGCACACUACAGAAGGAUCACAGAUCCUCCCAAGGCCUCCGGUUGUAACGGUAAUGGGCCAUGUCGAUCAUGGAAAGACCUCUCUGUUAGACGCUUUAAGAAACACCUCCGUGGCGGCAAGAGAAGCAGGUGGGAUCACUCAGCACGUGGGUGCGUUCGUGGUGGGCAUGCCGGACUCCGGCACUUCAAUCACCUUCCUAGACACGCCUGGUCACGCCGCUUUCAGUGAGAUGCGUGCUCGGGGAGCUGCUGUUACUGAUAUAGUUGUCUUGGUGGUUGCUGCUGAUGAUGGUGUAAUGCCACAGACGCUCGAGGCCAUCGCGCACGCUAGGUCGGCCAAUGUUCCGAUUGUGGUUGCGAUUAAUAAAUGCGAUAAGCCGGGAGCUAAUCCGGAAAGAGUCAAGAACCAGCUCGCCGCUGAGGGGAUAGAGCUUGAAGAUAUCGGAGGAAACGUUCAGGUUGUUGAGGUGUCCGCAAUGAAGAGUACAGGGCUAGACAAGUUAGAAGAAGCUCUGCUUCUUGAAGCAGUGGAUAUGGACCUCAAGGCACGUGUGGAAGGACCAGCUCAGGCAUAUGUGGUGGAGGCUCGUCUAGACAAAGGCCGUGGACCGUUAGCAACCAUUAUUGUAAAGGCUGGGACUUUGGUGAGUGGUCAUCACGUAGUCAUUGGGUCUCAGUGGGGAAGACUCAGGGCUAUCCGGGACAUGGCCGGUAAGCAAACGGACCGAGCAACACCAGCGAUGCCCGUUGAGAUUGAAGGGCUUAAGGGUCUUCCGAUGGCUGGUGACGAUGUCAUUGUGGUGGAGUCAGAGGAACGAGCGAAGAUGCUUAGUGAAGGGAGGAAAAGGAAAUAUGAAAGAGAUCGGUUGUUGAAAGCAGAGGAAGCUAGAGUAGCUGAAGCAGAGAAGAAAGAAGCAGAGUCUGAAGAAGGGUUUGUUCGAGUUGAGUUACCCAUAAUAGUGAAGUCUGACGUGCAAGGUACCGCACAGGCUGUUGCUGAUGCCCUAAGAACAUUAAAUAGCCCACAGGUUUUUGUGAACAUUGUUCAUAGUGGAGUAGGAGCAGUGUCUCAUUCCGAUUUAGAAAGGGCACAAGCUUGCGGGGCGUGUAUCGUUGCCUUUAACGUUAAGGGUGGAGGUUCUGGUAAUCUUUCCGCGGCUCAAGCCAGCGUCAAGGUAUUCCAUCACCGUGUGAUAUACCAUCUGCUCGAAGACAUAGGGAACUUGAUCGUAGAGAAAGCACCGGGGGUAUCGGAGCUGGAGGUGGCCGGUGAAGCUGAAGUUCUCAGCAUUUUCAAGGUGUUGGGAAAGAGGAGAAGUGAGGAAGAUGGAGUGAGCAUCGCUGGUUGCAAAGUGAUGGAUGGUCGGGUGUGUAGAAGCGGGAUGAUGAGGCUGUUAAGGAGUGGGGAAGUGUUGUUUGAAGGGUCGUGUGCGUCGCUGAAACGGGAGAAACAAGACGUGGAACAGGUAGGGAAAGGGAACGAGUGUGGGCUUGUGAUGGGAGAGUGGAAUGAUUUUAGAGUUGGAGAUGUGAUUCAGUGCAUGGAGGCAGUCAUUAGGAAACCUAAGUUCGUUUCCUCUGAGAGUGGAGCUGUGAGAAUCGAGUGCUGAAUAUCUUUAAACUCUUGUCAAUUCAAUUAGGGAUCUUACCCUGAUAAUAAUUUUGUUGUUGUUACAGAAAGUUUCAUACAUUUCAAAUUUUUGACGAGCAAUUUGUAAUGAAAAUUACUUGAAACC